CAAAAGGCACAAAGUGGUGAAUCUCAAUGGCUAUUGGGCAUGAAUGCAUGAACCGCCUCAAGCAAUACCAACAUCCACCACAAACGACAUUCGAAUGCAUCAAGAAUGGGCAAAUAAAAAGUUCUCAUCCUGUUCACAAAUGCAUCAAGAAUGCAUCAAGAAUGCAAGUCUCGACCGGACUACUCACCAACCACAAGUAACCAUGCAUAGAACUCAAGUCCAAGGAACAAACGAAAAGGCAACAAAGGUUCUCACCGAGGUAGGAUAUGAAAAUGCAAAACAAGAAUGAAUCACUCACUCUCGACCAAUGGGGUCAGGACAUUUUUGGUGCAAAGAUGUGCACAACCAUCAACACUCAGCCCUAUCGUCUCUCCGCCACAGCGGAAACCUCUAAAUGCUAGAUUUCAUGGGGUGGUUGUCAUCACUAGCUUGUCUGAAGGUCUUGGACAUGGGUGAUGACUCGGUAUUUGCACAUGUUUUCCCCUUUGUUUCUUGAUUGUUUGAGCUUGAAUUAUUGCGUGUUUGUCCUAUUUUAUGCUGGCUGUGUUCCUUUGUCACAUUUCAGGUCCUAGCACAUAAAGUGAAGCAUAAGCACAAGUUUCAAAUCAAUCAGAGAUCAAUUGACGAUUCGGGAGAAGAAACUCGGGCAUGACCUGAAGAAGAAUGGAUUUCUACCUCACUUUAUGGACAAAUAAUCAUGCAAGCUUGUCAUGAAAAGAAAGAGGACGAGACUAUGAGCGUCUGGGAUCAAACGGGAACUGAUUCGGAGUCCGGACGAGGGAGAAACGAAGCAUUAAACAGAGGCUGAGCAAGCCACACGGGCAUCCUGGAAUUCCACACGCCCGUGUGGGUCAUGGCCGUGUGGAAAUCACCGAGCCUUCACACCGGCAGCUGGGAAAGCUACACGGCCGUGUGGCCUGGCCGCGUGAUCGGGAAUUUCUGUUUAAAACUCGAUUUUCAGCCAAAGGAAAGUGGGAGCUGGGUUUUGGUUCCCAAACACCCAAGGGACGAACCCUAGAGAGAGAGAGAACGACUUGGGAACAUUCUUGGAGCUAUUUUGGAGGAUUUCUUCACCAUUGGAGCUCGAGAAUCAAGCUUGGAGAUGGAGAUUGAAGAUCUAGAUCAGAUUUCUGCAGUCUCUCUCUUCUCUAUGGAGUAACUUCCCUUCACUUAGGUUUUGAGGAACCCUUCUUCCAUGUGUUACGAUCUUUCUUGUAUGAAGUUUUAGAUGCUAUAUUGUUUGAUUAUAAUCGAUUGAGGCAUAAUUUAUAGAGUCAAUUGAAGCCUGAUCAUCUUCUCUUGAUUUCUUAUUUAACCUAUGAUAGAUAGAAUCUGAUUAGGUUAAGAGAGCUUCCUUGAUUGAUAGUGGUGAAUUGGUUGUGCGAGAGUCAAUCAAUUCACUUCUUUGUACUGGAAUUCAUUCCAGUAGUGGAGAUCUGUGUGAAUCACCUUAGCAGUCUACCCCGGUGAAGGCUAGUCGCCUGCCAGGUAUUCUGUCUAAGAGGGCUUGGUCAGCAUAAGAGAUUCCAAGCUAAUUCAGGAUCUUCCGCAGUUAAAUCAACAGUAGACCAACCAAAAGUAAUUGCAACUUGGACCUAAUUGAGGAGCUAGGGGGAAUCAUACCUAAGUGAGUUACCAACUUGUAAUUAGUAGAGUAGUCAGUAGAGUAGUUUAUAAAUCAAUCCUUAAUCUUGUUUGCUAAAUAAUGAACUGAAGCUGAGUAAUAGUAACUCUAGAGACCCGUGGAUUCGAUAUUUAUUACUUGUGCCACUAUACUGCAGUCCCUAUCAUUGGUUACACUUGGCCAUUGUUAGGAGUUGUGUCAUAGCGAGUCAAGUUUUUGGUGCCGUUGCCGGGGAUUUUCUAGAGUAUUAGGAAAGGCAGAAGUUUGUUACUUUAGCAUUUUUCUUUUCUUUUCUUUUCCACCCUUGCUUUUCACUUGGGUGCUUUUGUUUUUGUUGGUGCAGAUCUGAAUCAUGGAUCCUCAUGGCUUCUCCAACAAUUAGGGGUACCUACCACCACCCGAGUGGUAUUACUCCGAGACUCCCUGGAGCAAUCAAGGAGGAGAAGACUAUGGAUUCGGGUUCCAGUACCAACCCCCUUACUACGGAGAACAACCGGACCCCUGGGCAUAUCAAGAACAACCUCAUUACUAAGAAGAAUUUCUCCCACAACCAGAAGGGCCAUCGGCGCUGGAGUUACCCAUGGCGGCCUUCACGGGCCAUUCUGCAGAGCCAUGCUACACUCCGCAACCAGAUCCAAACUAUGAAUUGAGGCUUCUCAUGGAGAAGUUUGCUUGAGACAGUGAGAGAACAUGCUCCAGGAUGGAUCAUUGUGUCCAGGCCUAUCGUGAAACAGAGGAGAUCCUCCUGAGCCUUAAGAAGAGCAUCGAUGAUCUUGAGCGAUCUUGUGCACAACCUGCUCCCGAUCACCCUUCUGCUAGCAUACUAGAAGAGGAGGAGGAAGAAGAAGGCUACAAGGACAUUGUGGAGCACACUAAAGUUGUCACGGAGAGCUCCCGUGAUGAUCAUGAUCAGGAAUGUUCUGUCAUAGCCGACCACACCUUCCCACAUCCCAAACUGAGCUUUGAAGAGGUAGGCAUGAGUGAGGAGAUGCAAGAAGAUCUCAUGAAAGAAAUUGCUUGGCAGCUUGCUCUCCAAUCCUUGCUAGAAGAAGAAGAGCCAGAAAGGGUGCAGAAAGAAGUUGUGGAGGAUGCCGAAAGUGAAGCAGAAGGAGUUCUUGAUCAUUUCCCAGGGGUCAUACCACAUGAAGAAGAAAGGGAGGUUGAAGAAGCAAUAGGCGUCCAGGCUGAGGAUGAAGUUGAGGUGGAAGAGGCUUGCACCGGCUAUGAGUUAAUUGUGAUUAAUUAACCAAAUUUCGAGGAGCUGCUUGGAAAGGACCCAUUUGCAGUGGCUCUUUGCCAAACCAAGGCCGCAUCGACAUUGGUUCCUCUUGGUGGACGCGAUGGUGGUCAAUCGAUGCUGUCAUAUCUGGUUUGAGGCAAUGGGACGAGAGAAGAGAAGAAGAGGUCUCGAGGAUGGAGACUUCAUCUGCAUCAAGUGCACGAGCUUCCAUCACCAGUCAUACCACAUGCUCGUGACUUGCGACUCCACCUCAUUGACGAGAACCUCAACUUCAAGGAGGUUCUAGCAUGGACCGAAACUUAGGAGCCAUCGUCCAGCCCACGACGUGAAAGAAGAGCUUGUUGGGAGGCAACCCAACCAGUCGGUUUUCAUUUCUUUCUCUAUUUCUCCUCGGUUGAGUCAGUUUUGUUAUUUGAUUUUAGAGUCAAUAACUCAACCUUUGUGAG